GAAGCAGUGGCAGGAGCUGCAGUUCUUGGCACUUUGGCAACCCCUGGGCUGGUAUCUCCAGCACUGACCCUGGCCCAGCCGUUAGGGGCAUUGCCGCAGGCUGUAAUGGCAGCACAAGCACCGGGAGUCAUUACAGGUGUAACCCCCGCCCGACCUCCCAUUCCUGUCACUAUUCCACAAGUGGGAGUUGUGAAUCCUAUCCUGGCUAGUCCCCCAGCAUUGGGCCUGAUGGAGGUCAAAAAGGAGAAGGAAGAAGAGGAGGUAUUCCAGGAGUCAGAGAGGCCGGAGAUGCUGAGUGAACAGGAACACAUGAGCAUAUCUGGCAGUAGUGCCCGUCAUAUGGUGAUGCAGAAAUUGCUUCGUAAACAGGAGUCCACUGUGAUGGUGCUUCGCAACAUGGUGGAUCCAAAGGACAUUGAUGAUGACCUAGAGGGAGAAGUGACAGAAGAAUGUGGCAAAUUUGGGGCUGUAAACAGGGUCAUAAUCUACCAGGAGAAGCAAGGAGAAGAGGAGGAUGCCGAGAUCAUUGUCAAGAUCUUUGUGGAGUUCUCCAUGGCGUCAGAGACUCACAAAGCCAUUCAGGCUCUAAAUGGGCGCUGGUUUGCAGGAAGAAAGGUGGUAGCAGAGGUGUAUGACCAGGAGAGAUUUGAUAACAGUGACCUGUCAGCAUGAACUCUACUUGAAAGACUUUGCCCCUGCCCCCUCUGCCUGUCUGGGUUUUUUUUUUUUUAGCCAUGUGUAAAGAACGCUCCAGGUUGGGCACAGAUCUCUGUGAUGUACUUGUAGUUUGCAUAAAAGCGCAAAGAAAG